AUGCAACUUCUCGACGAAUUAGCUAUGAUUUACUUGGAGUGCAUCUUGGCAUACGCAGUUUUUGCACACCGCAAACCACCUUUGGCUCGUAUCCUCAUUGCUAUCUCAAUUUCUGCAAUGGCAAUCUUCAUUACUUUGUACUAUCACUACCUUCAGGACCCGGUCUUUCAUCAGAAUAUGUUCGCCCUGAUAACUGCCGUGGUGGUAUUCCGCAGUAUGUGGAUAAUGGAACAUAUACUCAAUCCCAAUCGCCGUGGAAGCGUCGGAAAGGUCAACACCACAGAACAGAAGAGAAGAGAUGAGAGAGAUUCUCACAUUCUGAAAACCAUGUGGAGGUUGAAUUAUAUAGGAUUGAGUUAUGUAGCCAUCGCAUUUGCCAUCUGGAAUUUGGAUAAUAUUUAUUGUGGGAAGAUUAGGAGAUGGAGAAGGGAGGUCGGAUUGCCGUGGGGAAUUCUUUUAGAGGGACAUGGAUGGUGGCAUAUUCUGACUGGGAUCGCCGCUUAUAAUAACCUUACCUGGUCGAUUUGGUUGCGAUAUUGCCGCGAUGGGAAGCAAGAUCUUGUGGAAUUGGAUUGGUCGUCAACUUUCACUUCGAUGCCCGUUGUGGUUAGAGCCAAGUCUCAAGAGAAGGAGCUAUAA